CGCAUUUCGUGAGCUUUUGUUUCCUUCUUUUUUCCUUUUUUACUUCUUAAAAAUAUUCCCCCCUCCCCUCCCAACCCCCUUUUUCGUUUAAUAAUAUUUAAAAUAAAUCAUAACCUAGGAUAUGAAGAUAUUAUCAUUAACAACCCUUGUUGCAACUUUAUUAACAAGCGUUUUUGCACGUUCUUCUGUUCAUGUUAUAUCUAAUGAAGAAAAGUUUUCACCAAACCAACCUGAAGUUUCAUUAAAUGCUUUUUCCAUGUUUUAUUCACAUGUGAUGGACAGUUCUUCUAGUCAACCUGCUUAUUUACGUUUACAAGAUAAGACUGCACAGAUGGAAGAAAUUGAUACUAUUUCAACAUUCUUUCCUCAAUCGAAUAAUGUAUUUGAAAAAAAGGUGAAUGGUAAUUUGGUUAUUAUUAUUUCUGGCGUUAAAGCACCUGAAGACUAUGAAGCUUCCUUUUAUGUUUCUGAUGAUAAAGCUAAAAAUUAUGCUUCUUUGAUUAAAGAAACUGUUAAUCAAGUAAUUGAAAAUAAUCAUGAUAUUGCUGCUACUCUAUAUAAGAAUCAAGAGGCUGUAGUGAAGUAUAGUACAAAACCUAAUAAAAUGGUUACGUCCCAAUUUGAUAAUGAAGAUCUUUCUUAUUAUUUCAAUAAAGACUUUUCUGACUUUUAUACUGAAAUUUUUGAUAUCAAAAAAGAGGCUGAUAGAAAGUUUAUGACUGAAGUCGAGAUGAUUAAAGAGUUAUCUUCAAAUGAAUCAAGCAAUAUGAUAAAAGUGUUUGAAGUGGAUAGCUUGCAAGCUCUUGCUCAUGAAUAUGGUAUAAAUUCGAAACAAUAUAAAGAAGGAGAAAUGAUGAUGAAGGAACUUGUUGAAAAAAUGGUUGUACCCAAUUUUCAACACACAAUGACUCGCGGUAUGACGAUCUUGAUUUUAACUCCUUAUAACAACGACAAACAGGAGAAAAAUAGUAAGCGUGACAUUAGAUUGUCUCUCCUUGCUGUUGAAGAAGGAGCUUCCUGUUACAAGACAUUGGAAUCAUGCAAAAAUAGUACUUCUGACUGUAAUGGUCAUGGUCAGUGCGUCAAAGUUCAGGAGAAGGAAGAGUGUUAUGCCUGUCAAUGUCAACAAGCAUCAGCUACUAAGAAAUACAUAGGUGAUUCAUGUCAAUUUAUUGAUGCUGUUGGUGACUUUCAAUUAUUAUUUUGGACAAGUGUUUUAUUAAUCGUCAUUACUGCUAGCGUUGUUGUUUGCGUUUAUCAAAGUGGAAAUAUUAUUGAUGGUGGUAUUAUCAUGACUCAGUCUAUUCCAAAGCAAGAUUAGUAACAACGUCUUUAUACAAAUAAACAAAUAAAAAAGUAUAUGUUAUAUAUUAUAA